AUUUCACUUUCUUUCUCUCCAAGCAUGUUUUAUUUCCCCCAAGUUUCUCUCUCCUAAAACCCUUCAGACCAGUCGCCAUAAACCCCCAUCUUUCUCUCUCUACAACGAUUCAACUUUUCUGGACACAAUAAAUCUACAUCCAGCGAUGUUGGUAUCUAGGGUUUCCUCUCGGCUUCCGAAGGGCGUUUUGGCUCAGUGCCGGAACUCACUCCUCCUCUAUGCUCGUCGACAACAACUACAACAACACCACCUUCCGAUCCUUUCCAAUCAAUUUCACUCCCUUCGUGAAUCUCCAAACAAGGUGGUUGUUGCUAGUCAGGUGUCUGUAUUACAUCAUUCAAUCUUCAAUACGUCAGCCUUUCAACGAUACGGAAUUUCCUCAUCUGCAUCACCCCUACCAACUGAAAAAGAUAAUGCCCAAUCCAGAAAUGAACAAGGGGAUACAAUAGAGGACAAUGGAGCAGCUGGGUUUGGAGAGGCUGAAGUUCCUGGUCAGAAAGAAGAAUCAGAUUCACUGGCCAACUUGUCUAUUGAUGAUCUGUCGAAACUUGUGGCGGAGAAGGAAGAACUUCUAAAGAUAAAGCACAAAGAGAUGGAGAAAAUGCAAGAUAAAGUUUUACGGAGUUAUGCAGAGAUGGAGAAUGUCAUGGACAGGACAAAACGUGAAGCAGAGAGCUCCAAAAAGUUUGCCGUUCAGAACUUUGCAAAGAGCUUACUGGAUGUUGCAGAUAAUCUGGGGAGGGCUGCUUCUGUUGUAAAAGGCAGUUUUUCGAAGAUAGAUACAUCUACAGACAGUGCUGGUGCUGUGCCACUUCUCAAAACACUUCUAGAAGGUGUUGAAAUGACUGAUAAGCAGCUUGCAGGGGUGUUCAAAAAGUUUGGCGUGGAAAAGUUUGAUCCUACAAAUGAGCAAUUUGAUCCUCAUAAGCAUAAUGCAGUGUUCCAAGUACCAGAUGCUACCAGGCCGCCUGAAACAGUUGCUGUUGUAUUGAAGUCGGGAUACAUGCUGUACGAUCGAGUUAUUCGGCCAGCUGAAGUUGGCGUAACAGUGGGCAAUAGGAUGGUAGACUAAGGCUCUGGAGCAUAAGGAAUGACUUGGUAGGGUACCCAUUCUGGAUUAAUUUUUAAAAAAUUUGCAUGUGCUUGUGAGAGAUGGAAGAAGAGGUACCCUUUCUCCAUGUUAGAUAAGGUUUGGAUACUGUUUCCAUAGAGAUUCUUUAUAUACAUUUUCAGCUUAUUUAUUGUCAUCUGCGAAAUAGUGCCUCAAUGGGCUUUGUUGCAUCUUUUAAAUUUAUAAACACAGUUCAAAAAAUGAUACAAACAGUAGGUAAAAUCUAAUGAAGUUUUCUAUCCCA